GAUCCCAUCCCUAUCGUCGUCAAGUACGAUGUCAUGGGCAUGGGGCGGAUGGAAAUGGAGCUUGACUACGCCGAAGAUGCCACUGAGCGGAGGCGUGUACUGGAGGUGGAGAAAGAAGACACGGAGGAGCUGAGGCAGAAAUACAAGGAUUAUGUCGAUAAAGAGAAGGCAAUUGCCAAGGCUUUGGAAGACCUCCGAGCAAACUUCUACUGUGAACUCUGUGACAAGCAGUACCAAAAGCAUCAAGAGUUUGACAACCACAUCAACUCUUACGAUCACGCUCACAAGCAGAGGUUGAAAGAUCUCAAGCAAAGGGAAUUUGCUCGCAAUGUCUCUUCAAGAUCCCGUAAAGAUGAAAGGAAGCAGGAGAAAGCCCUCCGGCGCCUCCAUGAGCUGGCUGAACAGAGGAGACAGCCUGAAUGCGCUCCUGGAAGCGGACCCAUGUUCAGAACCACUACGGUGGCUGUGGAUGAGGAAGGUGGAGAUGAUGAUGAUUCUGCAGCCAACAGUGGUUCUUUCAUCCAGACGACUUCUGGCCAAGCUACAGACAUGACUAUGGACCGAGGUUUCCUAAACACUGGACAAGUCGGUGGCACUGUUAUGCCAAGCCAAAUGCCCAUGCAGACGGCGCAAGCAAUCAGCUUUGGCAUUAAGAGUACUUUGGGAACGCCGCUGCAGAAGAUAGGUGUGUCGUUUUCGUUUGCCAAGAAGACUCCGGUAAAGCUUGAGACCAUAGCUUCUGUUUUCAAGGACCACGUGGAAGAAUCAAGUUCUGGAGAUGGAGCGAAAGCUGAUGAGAGAGGGUCCUCAGAUGCAGGGAGCCUGCAGAAAUCUGGCGAGGGCGAAAGCACCAACAAUUCCGACGGCAAGGCGGAGGAAGACGACCAGCACGACAAAGACAGCGGGUCUCUAGCCACUACGUUAUCUAAACUAAAAAAGAUGAGACGAGAAGACGGACCAAUGGCAGUUGAACCAGAAUACUACCACUAUAUUCCCCCAGCCCAUUGUAAAGUAAAGCCUAAUUUUCAAUUCCUACUUUUCAUGAAGUCUACCGAACAAAUGGAAGCUGAAAAUGUGAACAAAAAAAACGCUCGUGAGGUUAAAAAGGGCAAUUCUCCGAAACCCAAAGGCGGCAAGCACACGGAGAAGGCUGCCGAGAGCGCGGGGCAGCAGAAGGAGCAGAGUACUACUGAAAUGGCAGCUCAGCAGAGCAAAACAGAACUCAAAGAAGUCCCUGAAAAUGCGAGUAUGCAGGAGAACAAGCAGCUUACGGAGAGCAGCCUCCCCGAGCCAGACACUGCUAAAGAAGUCACUCAGCCUGUCCCGAGCUGUAAAGAUGUCACCGAAGGACCAAAGCAUCCGACAGGGCCUUUUAUUCCCGUUCUGAGCAAGGAUGAGAGCACGACUCUCCAGUGGCCUUCAGAGCUUCUCAUAUUUACCAAAGCAGAGCCCUCCGUUUCCUACAGCUGUAACCCCCUGUAUUUCGAUUUCAAGCUCUCUCGCAACAAAGACGCUAAAGGUAAAGGGGCGGAGAAAUCGAAGGACGCGGGGGGUCUUUGUAAAGAAAACGUUCCGAGCGCGGAAUCUGGGGAGAUGAGCAAACCCAAGGACGCAGAAAGCGUAGCUAACAGUUCUGCUCUAAAAACGGAAAACAAAUCUCUGCCCACCUGUAGCUCCCAGAACAAGCAGGAGCCCAGUUUGACGAGCAUCGGUAAGGGAGAGGGAGAGGACAGUAGUAAAAGCGUGACCAGUAAGAAUAGACCUGGGAGAUCCCAUAAACACAAAAAGAAAAAGAAGCAUAAAAAGUCCAGCAGACACAAACGUAAACACAAGGAGGAAGCUGACGAGAAGGGCCGAAAAACUGACCUGGGAGAAGAGAAACCCAAAAAACGGAAAAGACACAGGCGCAAAAAAUGCAAACCCUCUCUUUCUGCUGAGGAACGAGCGCUAAAACCCGAGCUGCCUGAAGAUUGUAGCCAUUUCCAGAAGAAAAAGUGGUUCUUUCAGGAGUCCCAGAGGAAGUCUCUAUCCACCGAAGAGGGAAGCAGCAGCAAAAAGGAGGAUGGUGGUAACUCCUGCCAGGAGCACGGCGGCAAAAAGCACAAGAGCCGGCAGAGCAGCGGCGACUACGACAGCGACGAGGGCUCUCCCGGGAAGCACUGCCGGCAGAAAUCCCCGUCGCAGUACAGCGACGACUACGACUCCGGCAGCGAGCACUCCGGGAGCCGCUCCAGGUCAGGGCGGAGGCACUCCUCUCACCGGUCCUACUCCACCAGCUCCGACGCCUCCUCGGAGCAGAGCCGGUACAGCCGGCGGAGGAGUUACUCGGAUGACAGCUACAGCGAUUACAGUGACCGCUCGAGGUGCCACUCAAAGCGGUCCCACGACUCGGAGGAUGACUCCGACUACAACAGCUCCAACCACAGAUCCAAGCGGCGCAAGUACUCCUCUUCGGAAGACGACUACAGCUCGAGCAGGAGCAGGUCGAGGAGCCGAAGCCGGAGCCGAACCCACCCUCGAGGCAGGGCCAGAAACAGGGGGGGCUCCCGAGGCCACGAGAGCCCUGAGGAGAGGAGACCUGGGAGAAGAGACUUCAUCAGGUCCAAAAUCUACCGCUCGCAGUCUCCUCACUAUUUCCGGGCCGGCCGAGGCGAAGGCUCAGCGCUGAAGAAAGAGGAUGGCAAAGGAGAGGAUCCGAAAGGAUCUGGCUCGCUCUCCCAAAACAGCAGCGGCUCCGGCACGGGGCGGGCCUCGGAAGGCGACUGCAGUCCAGAGGAGAGAAACUCCGUCACUGCAAAACUUCUCCUGGAAAAGAUUCAAUCCAGGAAGGUUGAGAAGAAGCCCUGUGUCACUGACGAGGUGCUGGCAGGGGCAAACAAGGUGGGCAUAAAGCUCAAAGAUCCUCCCCAGGGCUACUUUGGCCCCAAGCUGCCCCCUUCCUUAGGGAACAAACCCGUUCUGCCCCUGAUUGGGAAGUUGCCAACCGUUCGAAAACCAAACGCCAAAAGAUACGAAGAGUCUGGCUUGGAGAGGGGCGAGGAGCAAGAGCUGUCGGAUUGCGAGGAUGUUUCCCAAGGCAUGGAGGAGGCUCAGCUGGCCGGCCAGUCUCUCCUGGAGGAAGUGGUGAUGGUCAUUCAGGACAAACCUCUGGAUGAGCAGAAACGUGAUGAACCCGCUGUGGAAAUGCCGUCCAUUCCUCUCGAAGCACCGGCGCUCCCCGAGUGCUUCAGUUCCGGAGAUCUGGUCAUGCCACACAACUUCCUCUCGGAUCCGAGCGAUGGUGAUGGGCUAGAACCUAUCGAUGGGGGCAACCAGCCUGUCCCAGUGGAAACCAGUAUGAUGCCCUUAGUUCCAGAUGUUGAGCACUUUCCUGGCUACGUGCCUCAGAGCGGGGAGCCAAGCAUUGAAGGGGACCGGGAAGGAGGAGAAGACUCCUCCCUAGCACCGCUGGAGAGCCAGCCCAUCACUUUUACUCCCGAAGAAAUGGAGAAAUACAGCAAACUGCAGCAGGCUGCUCAGCAGCACAUUCAACCACACCCUCCGCCGGCUGUGGCUCCCCCUAACCGCGGGAGAUCCUCCAUCCACGAGCUCUUCCCGUCGCACGAGGACGAGGCGCUGCUGACCCGGGUGGUUCAGGUCCAGGGCUUGCUCGUGUUGGGGCGG